AUGAAAAAGAUAAAGCCUGCUUUGAAAAAGACCAGUGCAACACCACUCAGCGUCUUCUCGUACUUUGUAUUCGCGCUCUCUUCGGUGGUGCUUCCACUCUCGAGUGCCGCAUCUGCACGUUUGCUUACAGGUUAUGGCUACUGGACAGCCCUGCGGGACAGCUGGGAAGAUCGCCAUUGGCACACUUGGCUCACGUACCUCCUCAACACCGGCAUCAAUGCUCUUGGAGAUGCAAGGGGCUUGACCCAAGGUACCGCCGGUGAUUACCUCACGCUCGCGCAAAGGUGGCUCGAAGUUGUCAACAGCUUCGUGUAA